AUCGGCAAAGAGCUCGUUAGGAUGCGGGUGCUUCCAAGCCAAUAUACCUCUCGUUCAGCCAACAGAGCUGUUUACAGGACCUCAAGAACGUUCGUGCCGAUCAUCUGGCUGGCAGGCUGCAACUCACGUCGCGUCCGGUCCCACUCAUUCUUCUCGCAAGUGGAGCAAAGUCAACGGAGGGCAAGUCGAUAUGGCCAGCAUCAAUGCCCUUCGCGCAAAGGCAUGCGGCGACGGCGGCUUGUCGGUGAUUUACGCAAUCCCGAGACCAAUCUUUCGCACAGAAGGGGGUAUGCCAAGAGCGUACAGCGAAGUGCCAAGGUGAUUCUCACCCUGGAAGAGGUAGCCAAAGUCGUGCUUCUGUGGGCGAGGAGUCGUUGAAUUGGUCCAUUCCGCUCAAGGUGCAGUGGAAGUUCGAGUGGCAUCGAUAUGGAAAGAAUGCAGGAUAGCCAGUAUGAUCAUGCGUGAUGCAGCAUCCAUGCUCUGGUGAUAUUCAAGCCUCUAGACGCUUGUAGACAAUUAGACGUCGCUUCUAGCAGGCUGGGCAUGCUGAGAACCG